CGUAGUAGCGCCGCCCGAGGCUGCAGCGGCGCAUCCUGCGGCGCGGCGCCCACCCGCACCCAUGGCGCGGCGGGCGCGCUGAGGGCUCGGCUCCGAGGGCGCCGGGGUCCCGGGCGCCCUGGAGUGAGGGGGGCCGGGAAGGGGUUCCGGAGCCUGGGCCCAAGCUGGGAGGCGACGCCCGAGAGGACGAAGCCGCGGCGGGGAGCGGAUCUUUCGAAGAUGGUUUGGCUGCCUUGGAGAUUUGGAGAUCUGAUGCCACGAUGAGGACUCACACACGGGGGGCUCCCAGUGUGUUUUUCAUAUAUUUAUUUUGCUUUGUGUCAGCCUACGUCACCGACGAGAACACAGAAGUCAUGAUUCCCUUUAUGAAUGCCAACUACGACAGCCAUCCAAUGCUGUACUUCUCCAGGGCAGAGGUGGCCAAGCUCCAGCUCAGGGCUGCCAGCUCCCACGAGCACAUUGCCGCCCGGCUCACUGAGGCCGUGCACACCAUGCUGUCCAGCCCCUUGGAGUACCUCCCUCCCUGGGAUCCCAAGGAGUACAGCGCCCGCUGGAAUGAAAUUUACGGCAACAACUUGGGGGCCUUGGCCAUGUUCUGCGUGCUGUAUCCUGAGAACAUUGAAGCCCGAGAUAUGGCCAAAGACUACAUGGAGAGGAUGGCAGCUCAGCCUAGUUGGUUGGUGAAAGAUGCUCCUUGGGAUGAAGUCCCGCUUGCUCACUCCCUGGUUGGUUUUGCCACUGCCUAUGACUUCUUGUACAACUACCUGAGCAAGACACAACAGGAGAGGUUUCUUGAAGUGAUUGCCAAUGCUUCGGGAUAUAUGUAUGAAACUUCAUACAGGAGAGGAUGGGGAUUUCAAUACCUGCACAACCAUCAGCCCACCAACUGCAUGGCCUUGCUCACAGGAAGCCUAGUCCUGAUGAAUCAAGGGUAUCUUCAAGAAGCUUACUUAUGGACCAAACAAGUUCUGACCAUCAUGGAGAAGUCUCUUGUCUUGCUCCGAGAGGUGACAGACGGCUCUCUCUAUGAAGGAGUUGCAUAUGGCAGCUACACCACUAGAUCACUCUUCCAGUAUAUGUUUCUUGUUCAGAGGCACUUUGACAUCAACCACUUUGGCCACCCGUGGCUUAAACAACACUUUGCAUUUAUGUAUAGAACCAUCCUGCCAGGGUUUCAAAGAACUGUGGCUAUUGCAGACUCAAAUUACAACUGGUUUUAUGGUCCAGAAAGCCAAUUAGUGUUCCUGGAUAAAUUUGUCAUGCGUAACGGCAGUGGUAACUGGUUGGCUGACCAGAUCAGAAGGAACCGUGUGAUGGAAGGUCCAGGGACGCCUUCCAAAGGGCAGCGCUGGUGUACGCUUCACACAGAAUUUCUCUGGUAUGAUGCCAGCUUGAAAUCUGUCCCCCCUCCAGAUUUUGGCACCCCAGCAUUGCAUUAUUUUGAAGACUGGGGUGUUGUGACUUAUGGAAGUGCGCUGCCUGCAGAAAUCAAUAGAUCUUUCCUUUCCUUCAAGUCAGGAAAACUUGGGGGACGUGCAAUAUAUGACAUUGUCCACAGAAACAAAUACAAAGACUGGAUCAAAGGCUGGAGAAAUUUUAACGCAGGCCAUGAACAUCCUGAUCAAAACUCCUUUACUUUUGCUCCCAACGGUGUGCCUUUCAUUACUGAGGCUCUCUAUGGGCCAAAGUAUACCUUCUUCAACAAUGUUUUGAUGUUUUCCCCAGCUGUGUCCAAGAGCUGCUUUUCUCCCUGGGAAGGUCAGGUCACAGAAGACUGUUCAUCAAAAUGGUCUAAAUACAAGCAUGACCUGGCAGCUAGCUGUCAGGGGAGAGUGGUUGCUGCAGUGGAGAAAAAUGGGGUGGUUUUCAUCCGAGGAGAGGGUGUGGGCGCUUAUAACCCCCAGCUCCGUCUGAAGAACGUUCAGAGGAAUCUGAUGCUCCUGCAUCCACAGCUUCUCCUCCUUGUGGAUCAGAUACACCUGGGAGAGGACAGCCCCUUGGAGACGGCAGCAAGCUUCUUCCACAAUGUGGAUUUUUCUUUUGAGGAGACAGUGGUAGAUGGGGUCCAUGGGGCUUUCAUCAGGCAGCGAGAUGGUCUCUAUAAAAUGUACUGGAUGGAUGAUACCGGCUACAGUGAGAAAGGAACCUUUGCUUCAGUGACAUACCCUCGGGGCUAUCCCUACAACGGGACCAACUAUGUGAAUGUCACCACACACCUCCGAAGUCCCAUCACCAGGGCAGCUUACCUCUUCAUAGGGCCCUCCGUAGAUGUCCAGAGCUUCAGCAUCCACGGAGACUCUCAGCAACUGGAUGUGUUCAUAGCCACCAGCGAGCAUGCCUACGCCACUUACCUGUGGACAGGUGAGACUACAGAACAGUUGGCCUUGGCACAGGUCAUUGCCGACCGUCAGAAAAUUCUGUUUGACCGGAGUUCGGCCGUCAAGAGCACCGUGGUCCCUGAGGUGAAGGACUACGCCGCUGUUGUGGAACAGAACCUGCAGCAUUUUAAGCCAGUGUUCCAGCUGCUGGAGAAGCAGAUCCUGUCCCGAGUCCGGAACACAGCCAGCUUUAGGAAGACUGCUGAGCGCCUGCUGAGAUUUUCAGAUAAGAGACAGACCGAGGAGGCCAUCGACAGAAUUUUUGCCAUAUCACAGCAGCAGCAGCAAAGCAAGUCCAAGAAAAACCGAAGGGCAGGCAAGCGCUAUAAAUUUGUGGAUGCCGUCCCUGAUAUUUUUGCACAGAUUGAAGUCAAUGAGAAGAAGAUUCGACAGAAAGCUCAGAUUUUGGCACAGAAAGAGCUGCCCAUAGAUGAAGAUGAAGAAAUGAAAGACCUUUUAGAUUUUGCAGAUGUAACAUAUGAGAAACACAAAAAUGGUGAUUUGAUGAAAGGCCGGUUUGGACAGGCUCGGAUGGUGACGACGACUCGCAGCAGAGCCCCAGCACUGUCUGCUUCGUAUACCAGGCUGUUCCUGAUUCUGAACAUCGCUAUUUUCUUUGUCAUGUUGGCAAUGCAACUGACUUAUUUCCAGAGGGCCCAGAGCCUACAUGGCCAAAGAUGUCUUUAUGCAGUCCUUCUAAUAGAUAGCUGUAUUUUAUUAUGGUUGUACUCUUCUUGUUCCCAAUCCCAGUGUUAGCACUGAAGCUAUAAAUUGCUUGAUCAUUUUGUGGUCACAAGUCUGUGCAAAAAAAAAAAAAUCAUUGCCCUCGUUUGUUACUGGAUUUUUUUUCUCAGAUUCUUUUAACAAAUUAAGGGGAAGGUACUUUCACACAAGAAAGCAGGGACGUGGAGAAAUCAGUAUGGGUAAAGGCAAAGAAUUUAUCAAAGGAAUAAGAGUAGCUUGGUUGUCACAUGGUGUUUCUGGAAGUGGCUUGGCUGAAUUAGCCGUCCAUAUACUACUACUCUCAAAAGAACAAAAUGUCUGGUUUUAAGUAAUAUUUCUUCUUAAGAGAAAAAGACUUAGAUAGAAUUGGAUUUUAUUAAUAUUAAUUUAAUGCUAUUAGCGAUCUCCAGAUACUAUUUUAUGAAAAGACUGAAGCACACAAUUCUAAGAAAUACAGAAAAAAUUUUUUAAUGGUGUAGUCAUGUUGAAAAUAAAUGUUAAUAAGUCCUGGUGUGGUGGUGUCACCUUCCUUAGAGAGUAAUUCAUGAGUUAAGUGAAUAACAGCAUCUGUACAUUGGGUUACUAUUCAGAUAACAUAGUAAAGUGAUGGUAGAAGAUUAUUGAAAAAUUUGAGAUAUGUUUCCAGUGGAAAACAUAUAUCUAUGAAUGAAUUUCCUUGAUGAUGUUGGUUUCAGCAUACACAUAAUUGACUGCUUUUACACACCCAUUGGUUAUUCAAUAAACGAGACAAUUACAGGUAACUUAAUUUUCUAUUUUCCUUCUAUGGAAAACUGUUAUAGACCCAAUGACUAACUUCAAAAUAAAUAUAUGCUGAACAUUGAUUUCAGUACCAAAGAAGAUGGGGAAGCUAAAAUUUGGAUAUGAUUCUUACUUUUUUUAAUAGAAAACUUUCUUCAAUUUAUUUUGCUAAAUAAACAUCAUAAUUGUGAUUUUUC